AUGGCUGCCACCAUGAAACUCAUCUCCUUCCUUCUAUUAGCCACCUUGGCUGCAGUGUCGCUGGCCGUGCCUCCUCAGGCCAUCCACCACCGGGUUACCGACCCCAUUCUGGCGACCCCGACUCGUGAUGCGAUGCCCUCGGUCUGCACUAAUGGCAUGCCGGCGUCUAAGCAGCACCCUGCGGGCUAUCCGAUCAACGAUUACACCGUGGUGACUCCGGGUGACAGCAACUGGACUUCAUAUGAGGUCAAGCAGGACUGGUACAACGACCACUUUGUCUCUGGCCCGCACAUCAUGAGCUUCACGCACCAGAGCGAACCUUACGGACCGUUCAAGUGCCAGUACACAUGCAAUUCCGAUGACAGCUGCGCUGCCUACUUUGUCUGGUAUGCCAAUGUGGGGACCGACAACGAGCAUUUGAACUGUGUCCUGUUUGAUGCUGUCAUCCCUACCUCGGCCUUUAUCGAGACCACCGGUACCAUUGCAUCGGGCGCCUAUGACAAGCUUUGCGACCACUCGUCCUAG